UGGAUUGUUAAUGAAUAAUAACAUGAUAUAUAAGAUAGCAGGAAACCGAUCAACUGUAUCUCCAAAUACAUUGAAAGAUUUGUCGGACAAAGAGAGAAAUAUUCUAGAUGAUUCGGAUCCCUCAUCUUCAGACUUGGACAAACCAUCCAAGCAGAAACGUCACCGGACCAGAUUUACCCCUGCCCAGCUGAAUGAAUUGGAAAGGAGUUUUGCCAAGACACACUAUCCUGAUAUAUUUAUGCGUGAAGAAAUGGCAUUAAGGAUCGGUUUAACAGAAUCCCGAGUACAGGUUUGGUUUCAAAACCGUAGAGCCAAAUGGAAGAAACGAAAGAAGGCCACCAAUGUUUUCAGAACUCCUGGGGCGCUUCUACCCUCAACUGGAUUCGGUCCAUUUGGAACAAUGGGCGAGGCGUUCUGUACUUUCCCGGGUACGGAUCCAAGAUGGGCGAGCAUGCAGCAAUUUGGCUCACCGAUGAAUGCCAAUGUCAAUCCGUUGACCCUAUCAGCAAGCUUACCGCGCCAAGGUUUUGCUCAAUCACUGUCGUCACAAGUACCUGUUGGUUCCCUUGGCAACAGCUCGGUAUCACUUAGCAACGGUAUUUCAGUCUCUAACGGCAGUCCGGCCAUAUAUAAUCCUAGUUAUGGUGUGACGUCGACAUGCUCCCCACCCUUGACUGCUAACUCCCCAUCCCCAACAUUUACUACUUCACAAAUGUCUUGUGGGAUGCAGGAAAUGGAUGAUGUAUGGAGAGGAACGAGUAUUGCUGCUCUAAGACGAAAGGCUCUGGAACAUUCCGCCUGUUUAACAGGAUUUCGUUAAAACGAGAAAUAAACAUCAACAAAGUGUAUAAAAGUGCUGUUUAGACUUUAUAAAAGUGUUAUUAUAUUUUUAGUCUAGUCAAUUUUUUUUUUCAACAUAUUGUUUUAUUUGAUAUUCUUUAUUUUUACCGCCAUAUUUCAUCAAAGUAUUCAUUUUCAUAUCUCAAGUAGUAUCCCAUGCCAACACAUCAAUUAUUUAAUUACAACUUUAUUU